GGAGCGACAGGUCUCGGGCCCUCAGGCGGAGCGGCGGCCGCCGCCGGACCCCCAGGCGGAGCGACAGGUCUCGGGCCCAUAGUGCGGAGCGGCGGGCGCCCGGACCCCCAGGAGGAGCGACAGGUUCUCGGGCCCUCAGGCGGAAAAAUGUUUGGGGCGGGCACGCGGGCGCUCCGACCCCCAGAUUGGAGCGAUCAGGUCUCGGGCCCUCAGGCGGAGCGGCGGGCGCCGCGACCCCCAGGUGGAUGCGACAGGUCUCGGGCCCUCAAGGCGGUGAGCGGCGGGCGGCUGGACCCCCAAGCGGAGCAACAGGUCUCGGGCCCCCAGGCGGAGCGGCGGGCCACCGAGUCCCACCAGGCACGACAGUGGGUCUCCGAGUCAGACUGGUAUGACCGCAGGCACUGGUUCAGACAUUGUAUGGUCUGGCUGGACAGCGGGCAUCGCGGUCACCAGGCAUCAGGUCAUUUGCUCGACAGCGGGCACGUGUGUCAUCUGGCAAGGCAGUGGGCUCCGAGUGUCAACUGGUAUGACCGCGGGGCACUAGGGUCAGACAUUGGAUCGUCUGACCGGACAGCGGGCAUCGGGUCACCAGGCAUCAGGUCAUUUGGCUCGACAGCGGGCACCGCGUCAUCUGGCAAGGCAGUGGGCUCCGAGUCAACCUGGUAU